GGAUUAGCGCUGCGUCGGUGCCCGGUGUCCUUAUUUAGACUACAACAAACACAAGAGUGAUUGAGGGGGAAAAGCGUACAGGGCUGCGACUCAUUUCCACCUGCUUGUCCUCCUCGGUCAGUGUCAGCAUCUCUCCGAUCUCCAGCCCCAGCCCCCCGGCGUUCAAGCAUGUCUGUGUCCGGCUCGCAGACACCAGAGGACGGACUCUACGGCUCCUGGGUCGAGCUGGAGGAGCUGAUUGCAGCCGUGAGCCGCAGGGAGAGUCUGACGGGGCCGCAGGACAGCAUUUCCUCCGCCCUGCAGGGGGAGCUGGAGAGAAUCCUUCUGGAGGCACAGCUCGAGUGUGAAAGGAGUAAAGACAGUCCCCCACAGGUGUUGACUCCACAGUCCACUGGUUCUCCAAGACCUUCCAGUGAGCAGGACAGUGACUGUGUUACCAUACAGGAGGAAAGUGAUCGGCGGGUGGACACUGACUGGGUGUGGGAUUGGUCCAGUAGACCUGAAAAUAUGCCACCAAAAGAGUUUGUGUUUCAGCACCCGAAGCAGCAGGGCUCCCUCAGUGUUAGGAAGACAGAGGUGAUGAAGAGGGGCAUCUUCUCCUCCGAUGUUCUCCUCAUUCUUGUUCCCUCACUGCUGGCUUCACACCUGCUCACACUUGGAGUCGGGAUCUACAUAGGAAAGCGAUUAGCUGCUUCCACAACCAGCACGCUGUGAUGUCGUUUUAUAGUCCAUUGCCCCUGUUGCUAACAGUCUGGCCAGUAAGGUCACACCCUCUCUAAAUUGCCUCCCUCCUUCUUCGUCAUGGGGCAACCAUAGCACCCUGCCUGUCUGUAGGCUAUCUGUCUCUCUGUUCAUCUGUACGUCUGUCUACCCAACAGCACUUUGCCACUCUGUCCUUCUGUCAGCCUCUCUAUCAGUCUGUGCAUGUUGUAGGGCUCUGGGAAGCGGAUGGAUGCCGACCAAUGAGUCAGACUGAGGUCACUUUUACUCUCCCAGAGAGUAACACUGAUCUCAACCAGCUAAAGCAUAAUCAGAGAGAUUGCCCAAGAGAAAGGAGAGAAUGAGAGUUUUACCUGGCUAGAACAAUAAAUUCCAUUGAUAGGAGAUGAAAACCGUUAGUUGGGAACAGUGUGCUCAGAUGAAAUGAGAAAGAUAAUAUGUGGUAGCCUUUCGCCCCAAACUUUGCAAAAGCAAAAUGUCUGUCAUUUGUCAAAAGUAACAAUCCUCUGUGAGACUGUGCUUCUUAAAGUGGUUCUUGGGGUUUUUCUGCUCUGACGGUGUAUAAAUGUAGAGUUUUAGUUGGCUGAGUGAAUGUAGGAGUUGCUCUGGUUGUGCUUGUCCCAUAAACCAAUUAAAUAUUUGACCUUCGACAAAGACAAUCAUGAUCCGAUUAAACUUCACUCCUCAAAACCUUAA